UCGACCGCAAAUUUGCCCAAAACGUGUUGAUACUUGUUUUACUGCGUUGUAUGAGUGAAUGAGCUAGGCAUCGUCAUAGGAGAGCAGCUACUAAAGCACUCUCAGUCGCCUCACUCAUGGAAGCAACAACGUUCCCUAAACGUUUAUCAACUGGUUCUCAAUCCAGAAAUAUUUUCCAGAAAUAAAUAGUUGAUGAUUAAAAUAAGAAUUUGUGAUAAACGUGUUAUUUCCCUUGCGAAUUAAUAUAGACCAGUUUAAAUAACUAUUAUUCUGCGGAAAAAGAACGGCCCAAGAAGUAAGCAUAGCAGACAUGCCGAAGCGCAAGAAAGUCAUCGUGUCAUCUGGCGAAGAAUCAGAGUUCGGUCCAUCCGACGAAGAAAGGUCAUCCUCCUCUGAAGAGUCUACUGCAAGAACCCUUCGAAGCCGCCCAAAAACGAGAGUCAUUUCCAAACGUAAAGUUGGAGACCAAGGGCCUUCUCGAGUUCCAAUGAAUCCUAUCAUGACGCCAAGUAAAGAUGAUAUUAUCCAUGAUCAUGCCGCGGUGGGAGUGACAGGAGCUGUUCAGUCAACAUAUUUAAAUCCAUACAAAAGAUGCAGUCAAGAAUGUAGAUCAAUUGUAGACAGCGUGCUGCAGAAGAAGGAGACAAGUUCAACCGCCGGAUCAAAUCGGAAGAAAUCAUUUUCUAAACAUCGAAAUGAAUAUGGUAAUCCCGAUAAAGGCAAAGAAGAUCUCGUCGAAAAUUACCACCCUAGUUCAUCAAGUUAUGCACUAUUAGAUAUUCCUGAUCUCCGGUCCAAACCACCACACCUGUAUUUUUUUACGAUAAGAAUGGAAAGAUCAUGGUUAGGAGAUUGAAAAAAGGAGAAGGAACAACUGGUAUGCACAGAAUAUUCGUCACCCCUCUAACCGACUAUAAAUGGCAGUUGGACAAUGUCCUCGUUGGGACCACGAAAAACAAAGAUCUUCUCAAAGUUUCGAAACAUCGAAGUAGAUAUACCUCUUACAAAGAAAGGACUAAAAAUGGCAGAAAAGGCUGCUCGGCGAGAAGAACAUUUAAAUACGGUUAUCAAUACGCCCCAAACGCAAGCCAACAUUUAUAUAUGCUUACUAAAUCUACAUAUAUUGCAA